AUGGCGUCCGAGAAAGACGGCAGCCGACCGAUCAAAAAGCGGAAGACCGACUCCAACACAAUAAAUAUUGGCGGCGGUAAGAGGAUUUCCCUAGACGGCUAUCUAGGGCCAUCAAAAUCGAAGCAGCCUCAGCCCCUCAACUCCGUUACGAAGUAUGAAGGAACACCGACAGACACGACACAUGCUACGGAAAGCUCGAGACAACCGGGAAAAGGGAGCCAAGCCCCCAAAUCAAGCAGUGAAACGAAUGGAGGCUUGCUACAAGCCAGAAAAGCACUCCCCAUAUGGCAGCAUAGAGAUGACAUUCGGGAGACCCUGCGUGGAUCGGGAAACAAUGUCCUCAUUUUGGUCGGCGAGACUGGCUCUGGUAAAAGUACUCAAGUACCCCAAUUUCUAGCGGAAGAGUCUUGGUGCAAGCGUCAAAAGUUCAAACUUGCAGGCUACUCGGAUGAAGUUGCUGUGGGAGGCACAGUCGCCAUUACACAGCCAAGACGAGUCGCCGCCACAACUCUGGCGCACCGUGUAGCCCAAGAAGCAGGCACACCAUUGGGGAAGGGCAGAAAAGAUGGCAAAGUCGGAUAUUCUGUUCGGUUCGACCACCAACUACCCAAGGGCGCCAAAAUCAAAUUUCUCACCGAGGGGACAUUGCUCCAGGAACUCCUGCGUGAUCCAUAUUUGAGACAAUACAGCGCUGUUAUUGUUGACGAAAUCCACGAACGCAGCUUAGAUGCGGACCUCUUGGUCGGCUUCCUGAAGCAAAUUCUGAUCGCAGGGCCGAAGCAUCGCGGUGGUGCCCCCCUCAAAGUAGUCAUCAUGAGUGCUACUGCCAGUGUCGAAGUCAUUAAGGGGUUCUUCAAUGACGACGAGAUGAUGCAGCACAAUCGCGGAGGUGUGAAUGUGUUGCGUAUCGAGGGCCGACAGUAUCCUGUAGAGGUUCAGCAUGAACCUCGACCUGUUGCCGAUCUACAGGACGCGCUGUUGAAACGGAUUUUCAAAAUACACACAGAAGAACCACUCCCUGGCGAUAUCCUGGCAUUUCUGACGGGUCAAGAGGAAAUCAACGUGGCGCAGAAGCUGAUACAGGAAUACUCCGCUAGCCUUGCAUCCAACGUGCCGAAGAUUAAAGCUGUACCGCUCUAUGGGCAGAUGUCGAUUGAAGCGCAGCAAGAGGCUUUUCUUCCUGUAAAACCCAAAUUCACGCGCAAAGUCGUGCUCGCGACAAAUAUUGCGGAAACAUCAGUUACAGUAUCGGGCGUUCGGUAUGUGGUUGAUGGUGGCAAAGCCAAGAUCAAGCAAUUUCGCACGCGACUGGGCCUGGAAUCGCUGCUCGCGAAGCCCAUUUCCAAGUCAUCGGCAAUACAAAGAACAGGCCGUGCAGGUCGUGAGGGGCCGGGCAAGUGCUACCGCCUAUACACCGAGACGAGCUUUAACUCACUGUUGUCGGCUGAUCUCCCAGAGAUCCUCCGCAAUGAUGUUCUCGGCGCAAUUCUCACGAUGAAGGCUCGCGGAAUCCAGGAUGUCCUAUCAUUUCCUUUGAUGGACCCUCCGAAAACUGAAGCUAUAGAGCGUGCUCUAAUACAUCUGCACUUUCUUGGAGCGUUAAACGACGAUGGGAGCAUUACUGAUGUUGGAGAGACCAUGGCAAAGUUUCCCCUGUCGGCUCCUCUGAGCGCUGUUCUUAUUACUGCUGCUAACCCAGAAUACGACUGCUUAAUGGAGGCAGUUGACAUUAUAUCCUGUAUCACCGCAGGUGAGGAUAUCUUCCUGGCUGUGCAUUCGGAAGAAGGUCAGGAAGAGGUCGAGGAAUUUCGAAAGGAACUUCAACGUCGCGAAGGAGACCUCAUCACAUACCUCACCACCAUGCAGCAGUAUACAGCUGAAAAUUCCAACCGAAACGAGUGGUGUCAAAAGCGCAAGCUCAAUGUACGAACUAUAAAGCAAGCACUGAAUAUUCGAAGACAGCUUCGUGGCAUGUGCGUCAAGGAGAAACUGCUCAGCGAGGCGCCUCCUGCCGACCCGCAACCAUUCAUCCCAAUAUCCCCCGAGCGUGCGGAAUCGUUGCUCAAGUGCUUUCUCCGCGGUUUUGCAAUGAAGACGGCUAUGCUAGCGCCAGAUGCCAGCUACGUGACUUGCCAUGGUAAGCAUGUUGUGGCAAUCCACCCCGCAAGUGUACUUCACGGUCGAAAGGUAGAGGCUAUCAUGUUCCUUGAACAGGUGUAUACCAACAAGAACUACGCGAAGAAGGUCAGCGUUAUUCAAGCAGCAUGGGUUGUCGAGGCGCUUGAGCGCAAAUACAAGUAA